GCUCGCAGCGGCGGCGGUGGUGGUGGUGGUUAUUGGUGGUGGUGGCGUAUGGCGUCAGCUGGCGGCGUGGAGGAUGAGGAGGAGUGACCACGCGGACCGGCCUCCCCGCAGUGAUUGGGCUGAACGUGGAGCCACUGCCUCUUAAAUCGUGGGGGGGUCGCGGGGCAGGGCUCACAGCGAGCUCACGCACGCACAUGUGCUGCUGCUGCUGCGAGCUGAGCGCUGUCAUCACAGCACCACGAGCGCGCGCGUGUCCCUCCCUCCUCCUUCUCAUCCACGCGUCGUCCUCCUCUUCUACUCCCGUCAUCAUCGUCACGGCAGCCUGGCUUAUACCGAGCAGCGGCCAGCCUUGCUCAUCAAUCACCGAGCCGCCCGUCUCACCCCGCUGAGCACCUUGCCUCCUUCCUCGCCGCCGGCCACAUCACGAGUCACCGGGAGGGUGCCUCGUGAGCGACGCUCAACGCGCCCGGCGGCUCCGCUGGAUGACAGAGGCGGCAUUGCCCAACAGAGGCAGCGCAGAGCGCGUUCGCGUCAUGGAUGUGUUCCCAGAGGCUGCGCUGCGACUGUGGAUCGUCUCCUUCGUCAUCUUCCCCGUGCUCCUGCUGCAGCAGGCCGCGUGCGCUGGGAUCUUUGAGCUGAAGCUGCAGGAGUUCACGAAUGAUCAGGGACUCCUCCUGGAUGGCGCCUCGUGUGGGGCGAGCGCGGAGUGCAGGACCUUCUUCUCGGUCUGCCUCAAGCACUACCAGGCCAGCAUCAUGCCCGAACCGCCCUGCACCUACGGCAGUGUCGUCACCCCGGUGCUGGGUCUCAACUCAUUCGCCGUGCGCGAUUCGGACCGCUUCCAAAAUCCCAUCCGCUUCCCCUUCAGCUUCACGUGGCCGGGAACCUUCUCGCUCAUCAUCGACGCUUGGCACGCCGAGGCCGACGGGGACCUCUCCACAGAUGACCCGGCGCGCCUCAUCAGCCGCCUGGCCACGCAGCGCCACCUGAGCGCGGGCGAUGACUGGUCCCAGGACACGCACGCGUCGCGCCACGCGGCGCUGCGCUACUCCUACCGGGUGGUGUGCGCCGAGCACUACUACGGCGAGAGCUGCUCCGCUAUUUGCCGCGCCAGGGACGACGCCUUCGGGCACUUCACGUGCGGAGACACGGGCCAGAAGGUGUGUCUGCCAGGCUGGAGGGGGCCCUACUGCGCAGAAGCCAUGUGCUUACCCGGAUGCAGUGGGAUUUGUGACAAGCCUGGUGAGUGCAAAUGCCGCGUCGGGUGGCAGGGCCGCUACUGCGACGACUGCAUCCGCUACCCGGGCUGCCUGCACGGCACGUGCCAGCAGCCCUGGCAGUGCACGUGCCGCGAGGGCUGGGGUGGCCUCUUCUGCAACCAAGAUCUCAACUACUGCACGAACCACAGGCCGUGCCAGAACGGCGCCACCUGCACCAACAGCGGCCAGGGCAGCUACAGCUGCACGUGCCAGCCUGGCUAUUCGGGCACCAACUGCGAGUUCUCGGUCAACGAGUGCGACGUCAACCCCUGCCGCAAUGGGGGCAGCUGCACGGACCUGGAGAACGACUACAGCUGCGUGUGUCCGUCUGGGUUCUUUGGUAAAAAUUGCGACAUGAGCUCCAUGACGUGCGACGACACACCCUGCUUCAACGGAGGCCGCUGCGCCGACGACGCAGAGGGAGGCGGCUACUCGUGCCACUGCCCGUCCGGCUUCUCCGGGUUCAACUGCGAGAAGAAGGCUGAGCACUGCAGCAGCAAUCCCUGCGCCAAUGGCGCGCAAUGCUUGGACCUGGGAGCGACCUUCAAGUGCCGAUGCAAGGCCGGCUUCACCGGGAACCGGUGCGAGAUGAACGUGGACGACUGCGGAAGACAGCCCUGCCUCCACGGUGGCACGUGCCGCGACCUUGUGAAUGGGUUCACAUGUUCGUGCCCGACGGGCUAUGAGGGCAAGGACUGCGGCAUCCCUGUCUCCUAUUGCCAAAGUGGGCCGUGCUUCAACGGUGGAGUCUGCGUCCUUCAGAGCGGUGACGGUGGCUACGCUUGUGAGUGCAGGGUCGGCUUUGGGGGCAUCGACUGCAGCGAGCUGGUGCUAACCCGCACAAACACCGCGAUCUCCAACGUGCCGAGCAACUUCAAGCGCCACGAAGGCUCCGAGGAAGCAUUCCCCUGGCUGGCUGUAGGCACAGGGCUCGGCAUGGUGCUGCUGCUGCUUGCUGGUACCAUUCUGCUCCUGGUAUGUCGGCGCCUCAAGCAAAAUCAGAGCGGCCAGAUAGAAACGGCCGACGGCAAUAAUGGCAUGAACAAUCGCAACGACUGCGAGAGGGAAAAGGAACUCGCCGUGAACCUCUUAACCGGCGUGGAACUAAAAAAUACGAACAAGCAAAUGGACGUAGAGCCUGAGGGUUGCUUGCUCAAGUCAGGAUACCGACUGAAAUAUCAGGACAUGGAUUACAACAUGAUCCUGGAGAAGGCUGCCGAAGCUGGUGAAGACCACACGAGUGCAGACAAGUGCCAGGAGGCCAACGAGAAGCACCAGAGUAGCGGCGAGGCCUCCUCUCCAUCGGAGGCCAGCUACACGUCCGUGUACAUCAGCUGCCCCGAGCAGGCCGAGCAAAUAGUAGCCACAGAGGUAUGAGACCGACGAGAUUGCCGUGGAACCUCAAGUACCCAAUGCUUUGGGCGGUCACGUACCAAGAAUGUGCUUUGCUGAGAGUGUGCCAUGGGCCAUGAAGGUGUUUCGCCACGCUCCAUGCUGUUUGUGGAGUGGACGUUUGAACUCUGCUGCCCUCGAAACUCUCCCACCACAGUCGCGCGUCGUUCUCACAGCCCGCUGGGAAUGUUACCGCGACUGAAACGUACAAACCGGCUGGGGAGCUUAUACAAUACCACAGAAUGUGAAAGGGAGAAGUUGUAAAUGGAAAGCGAGCGGGGCAACUUUUGUUACACGUAUACAUGUAUACUUUUUUUGUAUAUCUAAUGACUGCUGUGACCAGCACGUCUGGUGUCUUUGCACUAAUUUGGUGGAAUUGUUCUUCCCGCUGGUCGAAUUCCAGAUCAUCAUAAUUCAGUGUUGUUCCCAUCAAACUGAAUAGUGUUCCUCCGUUCAUGGAGACCUAAACGAAUCCGUUAAUGUAAACUGGAACUUAAACGGGAAAACAACAAAAAGUUUAGUCAAAGGAACUACAAUUUUGAAAAGGAAUAGUUUUUUCUUCUCCCAAACAAACCAAAACAUCUCCAUGAUUCUACCCACCUGAGUCGAGCCACAGUGCUACGACUACUGCGUAGGUUUUCACGGUUGUGCCGUUGUUCGGCACGGCGUUUGCUCCAACGUGCCAGCAGCUUCGCGAGGAUCUGAAAGGAGCAGCUCACCAGCACCAGCCGACGGCCGCCAACUUCCUAGAUUGGAGAGGAAGGGGGGGGGGGGAUAGUGGGAAAGUGAGCCGCUACAUUCAGUUCCCGAAGAAGCUUCCACAGCACGCGGAGGAAAACGUCGAACGUCUUGCUGAGCAACACACGUGGCACAACGCGAAAUGGCGCAUCGGAGAGCAACAGUCGUUCCCUACCUCAGAUCACAUAGGGAGUCCCUUUUGAAACACGAUGGAUAAAUCGGGCCCCUCUCCGCUCGUGGCACAAGGAAACACAUUACCCGCAGCCAUUGCUCCCCCCCUCCCGCCCCAUGUGGCGGAGUGUUGACUGCGAACACAGCAGUGACCUAGUGAAGGUGGUCUCGUGAGGGUGGACUAGCUAGAGUGGACUAGUGAAGGUGGACUAGUGAGGGUGGACUAGCGAGGGAGAGGGGUGUGCUACCACCGCCCUAGGUGAAUGUUUCGGCACCAGCGCUCAAGCAAUGACGAUAUCUCAGUUUCAGGGUCAGGUCGAGUGUCCAUGAGCCAGGUCCUGGCACCCACAAACAACGCUCUUUGGGCACCCGUUUGUACGCGAACGGCUGCGGUUUAUGUGUUUGAAGAUUUAAAUUUCAAAUGGAUAGAGACGUGUUUAAACGGAGUCGAUGACAAUUAUGUUGAAUCGUAAAAUAGUAAUGUACAGUCCUCUGUUAAUCAACUUCUAGAUUAAGGCCUCCCAAUGGCAUGUCCGUCAUAGGGGGGUUAUUUGACCAUACUUCACCACACUGCUCAGUGCUGGUUGAAGGGGACCCCAUGAUUGGUUCAGACGUCACUUGUCGCUGAUGCUCGCCGUAGCCGGGAAUUAAACUGAGCUUGCUGGGAUCACGGUUAAAAACGUCAUGACAUGGGAAGACUGUGACUUUAACGAAAGUGGGAAAACCUGAGAAACUUAAAACAAAUCUGAAACGACACUUUUCAGUGAUGAAACUGGAACAACACUGCACCACUCAUCACUUCCUGUCUGAUAUGCAAAGCCAGCAGCAGCCUUCCACCCUCUCGUUUGUCUCGUCGAAUUUCCUGAAGUCCGUUAUUGAAAACAAACUGGUAUUUUCUACUCUUUCCGUUAACGUUGAAGCAAUAAGUAUUAUUUUAAGGUGUAAUGUUAAUUUAUGUGUGCAAAGCACUGACGCUCUAUACGUUUGUAUGAAAAGAAGUGUGUAAAUAAUGUUUAUUUAUUAAUUUCUUUUGUAAAAUAUAUUUAUUAUUUUUUAAUAGAUGGAGGUUUUAGAAUUUUUAUUUAAAAUAAAUAGCCCGUUUUUCCAUGAAACCCGUGUCGGUGUUUGUGAAAGUUUUUUGACAAAUGGUGGGCAGCUGACUCGUGCGGCCGCUGCCAGUGAAGUUGCAAUGUGUGACAACUCACUUCGUGAGUGAGCCACAUCGAGAAAGCGUGCAUGUCAUCAUGCACCCUCCUCACGAUUUGAUAGUCACAAUGUGUGUGUGGGGGGGGGGGGUCACGAUUCAAUCAAAAAACGUGCGCCUUCUGGCGUCAUCUGGUCCAACACCAUGUGAGACUAGGCUCUAAAGAAAGCUGUCUCGGGUGUGGACCAAUCAAUUUCAAGGACAGUGCAUACAUUAUCAGAGUUAUGUUUUUUGUUUGCAUUCCGACUGCAGGUAUUGUGGUCAAUGCAAACAUGACUCCUUGUAAAAAAGGU